AUGGCCAUCUCCAAGCGAGUGGCUCUGCAUCCCCAUUCGGGAAAACUGUUUUUGACCAUAGUCGGCAUCGCACUGCUGACCCCCUCCAGCAGCGUGUUCAGCGCUUCCUUCGCUCGCCGUCGAAGGCUCGAUGGAUUGUUGCGACGUUCUGGAAGUGAGGAUCCGUCUCCACCGGCUAGCGUUCUGGCACAGCGGCUCCAGCUGCGAUAUGAAGAAGAGGAAGCUUUCAAGUACAACCUCGCACUUCUGAAGUUUUGCCGCGACUACGGGUGCAUCGCCAGAAUGGUCACUGACGCACUCAUACCUGUCGGAACUCCAAUCCACGGCAUCAUCGCAGAAGAGUCGCGAGGGCAUGUUGACCCCACCAAGAGCUGCAAGAUCUGGCACGAGUGCCCAAGAAGGAACCGAAAAGGGGCCACCGCUGGAAAAAUCGAGAAGCCUGGAACUGCAAACUAUGGCCAGGCUGGCACGGUGUUCAAGGCGAUUGCUCGUGAGCCGGUUGUGGUUAAAACACGCAUAAAAACUGUCCUUGCCGUCUAUAGCUUUCAGUUCGACCCUCGCCUCUGCAAGUUGCUUCAGAACUUUCGUGAUGUGUCGCGAGUCACCGUCACAAAGACGGGCCCUUGGGGCGCAGCCGUACGCACUCAGGAGGGCCUCGUUGGCAUCAUCCCUUCAAGACGUCUUGGCAACUACCAGUGCACGCCAGGAUCCACAGCCGCAGUGAUCAUCAGCCAUGUGAGGCCACGAUUCUUCCAAGUGGCCAAUCCCAGGAUGAGCCACCACUACCCCAUAGUUUUCGAAGCUGUUGAUCCUCGCAUGGUAUCGAAGCCGGAGCACGACGCAGCCCUGGAUAAGCUCCAUGAAAGGGUUGAGGCAGGCGACAGCACAUGUCAGGUUGAAGUGACGAUGGUUCGGGGUGAAAUCAUUUAUAUCCUGGCCAAGUCUGGGCUUCCGGGUUGGAUUCCUUUGCACUCUCUUGGCCUGCACGGUGGCUUGCCCAGGGUGGGAGAUGAGUUGAAUGUUACUGUCGCGGGCAUCAGGCAGGAUGGUGAGUGGACCUUUUUGCCACCACGCGCGCAAGGAUUGAUCUCUUCGUUUACGCGGGAAGACCCGAUGUUGUUUGGAAGACUCUCUUUGCUGUGUGCCGGGCCGCAACUGCAAGAACUGCUGACAAAUCUUCGAGGCGGGAAUGUCGUGCUUGCAAAGAUCGCGGAGAUUCAGACGAGCGGAGUGAGGGUUGAGAUCGCAGGAGCCGAGUUCUGGAUUCCGAAAGUUGAUGUCGCCAGCAACAUCAGGUUCAACCCUCACACAGUGUUUUCGUUGGGCGAUCAGGUCAAGGUUCUUUGCACAGAUGCGACAGGACCACGGAUCUCCCUGAAGUUGCUAAAACGCCUCAAACGUAGAGCCUUAAGGCGUAAGUCUCGCACCCGUUGA